CUGAGGUCGUCGUCCAUCCGUGGGUUCUCGGUCCCGGGCGCUGCUGAACGGCUUGUCUCGGCGCUUUUCGCGGACGACACAACGGCCUUCCUCGGGGAGGGAGACUCCUUUGGAGACCUAAUGGCAAUUCUUAGUAAGUGGUGCGCGGCGUCCCGUGCCAAAUUUAACGACGAUAAGACCGAGGUCAUCCCGAUUGGCUCUCAGGUCUAUCGAGACUCGGUCGUCAGAACGAGGCAGCUCACGCCGGGGAGCCCGCCGCUCCCGCUUGGGGUGAGAAUCGUCCCCGACCACCAGCCUGUCCGCGUUCUCGGUGCAUGGAUUGGGAACCAGGUGGACCAGGCCGCCGUGUGGGGACCGAUGAUGGACACGGUGCGCAGGAACCUUGAACGCUGGGGUCUUCGUAACCCGUCAAUGUACGGCCGCAAGCUCAUAGUCGGUAUGGAAAUAGGCGGACGCACCCAGUUCCUGGCCAGAGCGCAGGGCAUGCCUGCGGCAAUCGAACAGGCGCUAGAGCGAACAAUUUCGAACUUCGUAUGGAGGAACGGAGGGCGCCCGAUGGUGAAUAUGUCAGUCCUACAGGACCCUGUUGCCUGUGGGGGGCUCAACCUGCUGGAUGUCAAGGCCAGAAACGACGCCAUUGACCUAAUAUGGCUGCGUUCGUACAUGGAUACCUCGAAUUCUCGUCCAACGUGGGCCCUGCUGGCGGACGUCCUAUUGGCUAACGCCGUCAAGUCCUCAGACCGGAAACUGGAGAAGCGCGCGCGAGUAAACACAUUCCUACAGAGCUGGGAAGUAAAUACUACACAUACCGGCAAGCUCCCGCGCGACCUAUGUCGCAUGGUCAAGACUGCACGCCGAUAUGGCGUCCAGCUCUCCGCCCUCAACCCCUCUGAGGCGCUAAAAGCCGCCCUCCCGGCCUGGUCCCAC